CAAAGAGAUCUCCGCCUUCAUUCUUCAUUCUCUCUGUCUCUCUCUCUCUCUACACUCUGCAAGGAAUAAGACUAAAACACCAUGCUCCUGCUAAACCUGCAACAAAAUCCCUUGUCCUUCAUCUUCUUGUUGAGCUUCACAAUCUGGACAUGGUGGACUCUUGACGGCGUCGUUUCAGAGCCACAGCUCAGUUAUGUGAAAUCAGGCUGCAGCAGCUAUAAUGUCAGUGACGUGGCCAUCUUCAACAAGAACCUAAACGCGUCGAUGCGAAGCCUGAGAGCGCAGGUCAGCAACCAGAGCAAACACUCCGCGGUGGCGCAGGCAGUGAAGGGUAACAAUCCGGCGUACGGCGUUUUUCAGUGCAGAAACUACCUUUCCAUCAAAGACUGCCUCGCUUGCUUCGACUUCGCCGCCGUUCAUAUAUACGACAACUGCUCCGUCUCCGCCACUGGUGCCCGGGUCAUAUACGAAGGUUGCUUCCUCAGGUAUGAGAGCAGUAUUUUCUUCGACCAGUCCACAGAUGGUGGGAACCACAUUGUGUGUGGGAAUCCUGUGGCUAAAAACUCCACAGAACUUGCUUCAACUGUGCAACAAGUGCUAAAGAAUCUGGUAGAAGCAACACCAAGAAUACCUGGUUUCUUUGCAGCCACUAUAACGCCAGUACCCGACAGUAAGGGUUCAAAUAUUUAUGCCUUUGCUCAAUGUCUCGAGACUGUCACUCAAAGUGGCUGCCAGGAUUGCUUGGAGUCUGGCUUAAGAAAUUUUCAGAUUUGUAUUCCCAACUCAAAUGCUAAGAUUUUUUAUGCUGGUUGCUUCAUGAGAUACUCCACCUCUGCAUUUUUUACUGCUAAUCAGACCACUGAUAUCAAACGCAUCUUGAAACAAGGAGAUUCAAGCAAGAAGACCAUUAUUGGUGGGGUCGUUGGAGGUGCAUCUUUUAUUUUGAUUCUUCUUGCAUUAUUUGCUUUGUAUAGACGAUCAUUGUUCAAGAGAGUUCAUAGAGUUGACAUUUUGGGAGCAACUGAGUUGAAAGGCCCGGUUAACUACAGGUAUAAAGAUCUGAAGUCUGCAACAAAAAAUUUCAGUGAAGAGAAUAAAUUAGGAGAAGGAGGUUUUGGUGAUGUAUACAAGGGUACUCUGAAAAAUGGAGAAGUAAUUGCCAUAAAGAAAUUGGCUCUAGAGCAAUCCAAAAAGAUGGAUGAAGAUUUUGAAAGUGAAGUGAAGCUAAUAAGUAAUGUUCAUCAUCGAAAUCUUGUUCGACUUCUUGGAUGUUGCAGUAAAGGCCAAGAGAGAUUCCUUGUCUAUGAGUACAUGAAGAACAACAAUGUUGGCCAGUUCUUAUUUGGUGGAGAUAGAGGUUCUCUCAAUUGGAAGCAACGUUAUGGUAUAAUUUUAGGCACUGCAAGGGGUUUGGCAUAUCUUCAUGAGGGAUUCCACAUUUGCAUCGUACAUAGGGAUAUAAAGCCCAGCAACAUCCUCUUGGAUGAUGAUUUCCAGCCUAAAAUUGCAGAUUUUGGAUUGGCAAGGCUUUUGCCAAGGGACCAAUCUCAUCUCAAUACAAAAUUUGCAGGAACAAUGGGAUACACCGCACCUGAGUAUGUAAUGCAUGGACAAUUAUCUGAGAAGGUUGACACCUAUUGCUAUGGUGUUGUAGUGUUAGAAAUUAUAAGUGGGCAAAAGAGUGGUGAAUUAAAGAAUGAUGAUCAAGGCGAAUUCCUUCUUCAAAGAGCUUGGAAACUGUACGAGAGAGGAAUGCACAUGGAGUUUGUGGAUGAAACCUUAGAUCCAAAUGAGUAUGAUGCAGAAGAAGUAAAGAAAAUCAUAGAGAUUGGAUUGCUUUGCACGCAAGCAUCUCCUGCAGCAAGGCCAACAAUGUUUGAAGUUGUUGAUAUGAUCGAAAGCAAAGGUGGCUUAAUAGAUCACAAGCGACCCACUAUGCCUGUUUAUGUUGAUUCUAAUGUGGGGAUUAGAAGAGAUGGUUAGUAAUAGUUCAUCUCGAUCAAAUGCUACUGUCUCCACUUCUAUUCCAUCAGGAAGGCGAUACGAGUUUGAACCCCCAGAAAAUAAUAAUAAUAAUAAUAAUAAUAUUGAAGAAGGAAAAAACUGGAGUAAGCAUUCGCCUUGAUUACAUUACUGAAGAUUUGAGUACAAUGAAACAUUGAAACAUGAAUUGUGCAAUAUAAUUUGGGUAGUUUGUCAUUGCCACGACUA